AUGCUCUCCGCCUCGCACCCAUAUCCUGCAAACACUACGCGAACACAUAGCUCAGCGAUAUUCAGCAGAUCACACACUCUGUCUACAGAACGUACCUCUUCUAGCUCGGCCAGCCAGCACACUCCUCUCCCUCCGACGUCCAACGUCCUGUUCCCCCAGCGACCCAGGGGCUCUACACUCCCAUCAUAUUCUUCUGGAUCCAGCUCAGUGGUAUAUACCUCCAUUGCACCAGAGCGACCCACAGACGACUACGAGGAACCACCACCGUCGCGUAAAGAACGCGCAUUCACCCUCGGGAGUCGGAGCUCACAGUUUCAGCACCAAAAUUAUACUGGAGGUGACCACGAUGACCGUGCCAAGGUAGCACUCCCUCCUAUUCGCGUUAGCGACCAUGAGGGGGAUGCCCAUGACCACGACGAGAGGAGCAAGAUUCAGGAUGACCCGUCCGUCAAUAAUAGGACCUACAACUUUGGAAAUAAUGUACCCAGGCUACCGCCAAUCAGGACCAUGCUGGAAACACGAAUGCUUCCCACUCCAGACCAUAUGCGCUCGGGUGAUUCGAGAACGCCGCCUCCACGGUCGCCAACUUCGCCUCAGCAGCGUGCAAGAGAUUACCACUCGCGUGGGUCCGUCAUUUCGUCCUCUUGGAACGGCUACAAUAUCGGAGCAGGUAAUGUUGGAAACUUUCACCACCCUUCGCCCUCUCCAGAUGACAGCUCUCAUGCUUAUCGCCAGGCAAGUCACAACGGGGGUGGGGAAAUGCAGACGCCCAUGUCGUCCUCUUCUUCAGUCUCUUCUUCACUAUCCAGCCAGCCAGUCUCCCUUCCCCCUUCUUCCCCGCAACGCAAUUCUAAAUACCGGGGGUCACUCGCAUCUGCCGGUGCUUCCAUCCUCUCGCUGACGGCACCAUUUCGCCAUAAAAAGCAUCAAGUUCCCGGGGCUGCAUCUCCUCCAGUGCACCAAUAUGAGCCUUCGCCUCGAGGCUCCUUUGACGACUCGGAAUAUUCGAGCACCACACGCUCAACCCCUCGACACGUUUCCGAAGAAUUGUCAAGUUCAAUUGGAAGAGGCUCCUUUGGUGCUCAACCGAUCCCUUCGGGCGUUCAUCAGUCUUUGGCAAGCUCCCAAGGUAACAUGUCAAACUCUGUCGGAAGCUUUCCAGUCACGAGUGAGAGUGACGGGGGAGGCUCUAUGUCUCUCAGCAUCCGUUCCAGGGUUGGAGAGACCGCGGGAGGGAAGAAACGCCGAUCGCGGGCAACGCAGGAACAGCUAGAAAUCUUGAAUGGCGUGUAUCAAAGGACGCCUUUUCCCACGACGGUCGAGCGAUCCGACCUUGCCCUACGCCUCGGCAUGACACCGCGGAGCGUGCAAAUCUGGUUCCAGAACAAGCGCCAAGGAGCAAAGCACAACGAGACUCGGAAGAGAGAGCACCCAACGCCUCUUUCGGCCAUCCCGCAAGGAUCUCCGCCCAUUCCGAAUCUUGUUCCUCUCUCUAUGACUGGGCCCUCACUCCCAUUGGCCGCAGGUGAACCAUACCGAUCAUCCCCGAGUCCUCUGCCACCCAUGAUGGAUUUAGAGCCGCCGCGAGUGCAGCUACCGACACAUCGAAGUAUCUCGCAUGGAUCAUCGUUGACCCCGAAUAGCGUGGACACCCUUGAGGGUCGUUCGAGAAGACGCGGCAUGUCUGUCAACGACUUGCUCAGUCAAGAACGACAUCCGCAUCUCAGCCCCAGUCAGGCUCGAAACGGCGCUGGAUACGAAGCAAAUCACGACGAUAAGAUGGAGAUUUAG